AUGAAUCAUGAUCUAUGCAUAGUGGAUCCUUUUAGCCCUAGGAGUACCAACAAGCAACCUUUGUUUUUUGAUCCUGAGGUUGAGGCAACUGCUCGUAAAACACACGCAAGUGCAAAGAAAAGGAGGGCGGAGGCUCGUAAACAAGCUCAACAAGCCUCUCAAUCUCUUGACAUGGCAGGUCAGGCUCCCGAGAGAACUCUUAGGCAGUCUACACAGCCCAAGGCUAGCAAUGUUACCGCGGGGAUUAGGAUGCCGACUACUAAUGCUGGAAACUUUGACAUCAAAUCCCAUGUUAUGAAUAUGAUCACGGGAAAUCAGUUCUAUGGUCUUGACAAUGAAGAACCCGUCGAUCAUCUGCAGAAAUUCCUUCAAGCAUGUUCUCUACAAAAGAUUACUGGGAUGACUGACGACGAGCUCUACUUGUACCUCUUUCGUUUCUCUUUGGCAGGCAAGGCUCAACGUUGGUAUAACUCUCUUCCCAACACCAUCACUACUUGGGCGCAACUGUCUGAUGCUUUUCUAGUGAAGUAUUAUCCCGGUUAUAAGACUCAUGACUACAGAGUUAAACUCUAUAGUUUCUCACAAGAUGCGGGGGAGACUUUUCAUGAUGCGUGGGAGAGAUUCAAAGAUUACCAAUAUAUGUGCCCUCAUCACGGUAUUGAGAAGGAAUUUCUUAUGCAAUCUUUUUAUAAUGGUCUUGAUAAUGAGACUAAGAGGAUGGUAGAUGGUGCGGCUGGCGGCUCUUUCAUGAACAAACAAACUUCUGAGGCUAUUUCACUCUUGGAUACUCUUGCUGAAAAUCAAUGGAAUAGCUCAUCUAGGCGCGCAGCUCAAGCACCAAGGAAGGGGAAGCAUGAAGUUGAAACUUAUUCCCUUCUAUCAUCACAAAUCUCAGCUUUGAAUGCGAAAAUCGAUGGGAUGCGCAUGAAUGCUAGUACAUCUAUGCCCGUCAAUGCUAUGGCUACCUCUAGCCAAGGUGGAGUUGCUUGUGAUUAUUGCGGUAUGCAUGGUCAUUCUCUAAUGGAGUGUUCUGUUAAUCCCAAUGGAGCUAUGGGAGUGCCAGAGCAAGUUAAUGCUUUUCAAGCUCGUCCUCUUUUCAACAACAAUAGCUACUAUCCUGGAAUUCGGAAUAAUCCUAACUUGUCAUAUCGCAGCAACAAUGUGUUAAAUUCUCAACAGCAACACUUUCCACCACAAGCACCACAACAACAAUAUGGGCAACAUCAGCAAUUUCAGCCCAAUCAAGGACCACCCGGUUUCCAAAGGCCUCCUCAAGGCCAUCAACAACAGCAAUUUCAGAACCAGCAACCCCAAUCCGAAUUGGGGGAGUUGAAAACCAUGAUGGCUCAAAUGGCCAAACAGCUUGAGCAACUCAGUACUCACAAUAAAAUGCUUGAAACUCAAGUCGCUCAAUUAGCUGCAUCUAGCUCCUCUAGACAAGCAGGAGCAUUGCCCGGCCAACCUACUCAACCACAUGGCAAGGAGACCGCCAAUGCAAUCACUACAAGGAGCGGGUUGAGUUAUGAUGAGCCGCCCAUGCCUCACAAUGAAGAGUCAAAUUCGAAAGAAGUGGGCAUUCCUGAAGUGGUUAUUGAUGAAGCACCUUCUGAGGCAGUGCACGAGAAAGAGAAAGCAAAAGAAGAGGCAUUGCAAGUGCCUCCCAUCACACUUCCUUUUCCCAACCGCCAAGUAAAGAGCAAGCUUGACAAACAAUUCGGUAAGUUCUUGGAGGUAGUUAAGAAUUUGCAGGUAACAGUUCCUUUUACUGAAUUAAUCAAACAAGUGCCUGCUUAUGCUAAAUUCAUGAAGGACAUAUUGACUAGGAAAAGAGCUUUUAGUGAGGUGGAUACAGUUGCUUUUACUGAACAAUGUAGUGCUUUGCUACAAAACAAAUCCCCUCCAAAACUGAAAGAUCCUGGUAGUUUCUCCAUCCCCUGUCACAUUGGGACACUGUUUAUUGAUAAAGCUUUAUGUGAUUUAGGAGCUAGUGUCAGUGUAAUGCCUUUUUCUAUCUAUUCUAAACUGAAAAUGGGAGAUCUAAAAGUCACCAAUAUUACUUUACAAAUGGCCGACCGUUCUGUUAAAUAUCCUUUGGGUAUUUUAGAGGACGUCCCUGUUAGGGUAGGUAAGUUUUAUAUCCCUGUUGAUUUUGUUGUUCUUGAUGUGGAGGAAGAUCGACAAAUUCCUAUUAUUUUAGGAAGACCUUUCCUUCAUACGGCAGGAGCAGUAAUUGAUGUGAAAAAUGGUAGACUUACACUUUCUGUGGGGGAUGACAAUGUAACUUUCAAUUUGAGCAAUGCUUUGAAAGAUCCCAUGCUUGAGGAAAAAUGUUAUGCUAUUGAUGUAGUUGAUGUGAUUUGUCAUGAUAACUUGCCCCUAACUCUUAUGAAAGAUCCUUUGGAGGCCGUUCUUUGUCUUGAAUCUUCUACAGGUGAUGCUAUCAUUUGGAAGACUGAAAUUAAUGCUAUUGAACAAGCUCUUUGUAAUGAAGAGCUUAGUCAUAGCAAGAGCAAGAGAGUGCAGAGGUUAGUUCGGCCUAUAUGCAAAGUUGAGAUGCUUGUAAGGAUGAUGACGAUGAUGAUGAGCAGCAGGAUAAUGACUUUGACCCCAUGGUUUUUUUGGUCGGAGUUGGUUGCUUCUCUCCUUUUUGCAGGUUCUUUUGCAAGUCACACUUUGGAUAACGUGACGAUUUUCUGUACUUCAGCUUGCAUUAGGAAGUUAAUUGGAUUGUUGCAUGGUUUGUACCACUCAUUAGGAGUGGGAGUUUACAUGUGA